AUGGUGGUCAAGAUGAACGUCGGUGGGGUUUAUACCCUCCUUGCGGGUAUGUGCAUCACCUCCUGUGGGUUAGUCAAGAAAGAAACCGUUCAGUUCGCGCGCAACACCUCUCACAACUUCAAGUUCGGCGCCCAUGUCGCUGCUGCCGGUGGUAUUUCAAAUGCCAUCCUCAACGCCCUGAGAAUCGGCGCCAACAGUUUUGCCUUCUUUUUAAAGUCCCCGCGGAAAUGGGACGCUCCACAAUAUCCAGACGCGGAAGUGGCAAAGUUCAAGGCGCUCUGUGCAGAACAUAAAUACGAUCCGAUGACAGACAUCUUGCCCCACGGUCAGUACAUGAUCAACCUCGGCAAUCCGGAGCCGGAAAAGGAAGCCAAGUCGUAUGAGUCUUUUGUGGACGAAUUGAAGCGCUGCGAACAGUUGGGAGUGGGGAUGUACAACUUCCACCCUGGCUCGUCUGUGGGCUCGGACCACAAGGAGUCGCUCGUUCGUUUGGCAAAGAACAUCAACAAUGCGAUUGCCGAAACCUCUUUCGUGAAACUUGUCAUCGAAAACAUGGCUGGACAGGGAAGCAUCAUCGGUGCCACCUUGGAGGAUAUCCGGGACGUGAUCGAAAUGGUUGACAACAAAGAGCGCGUGGGUGUGUGUAUCGACACAUGUCACUCGUACGCUGCUGGGUUCGAUAUCACCACUGAGGAGAAGCUCGCUGAGUUUUUGCAAUCAUUUGACGAUUUGAUUGGAGCUAAAUACCUCUGUGCCAUCCACUUGAACGACUCCAAGGCGCCAUGCGGUGGGAACAGAGACUUACACCAGAGCUUGGGUCAGGGCUUCAUAGGUCUUGAGCUUUUCCGCUUGAUUGCCAAUUCGAAGCGUCUCGAGGGGAUUCCAAUCGUGUUAGAAACGCCGAUGGACAAGGAUGAUUCUGUUUGGGGUGAGGAGAUCAAGCUUCUCGAGUCGUUAAUCGGGAAGCAAAAGGAUGACGCUGAGUUUGUGGAGAGAACCGCGCACUUUUCCAAGUUGGGGCAAAAGGAACGGGAGGAGCACAUGAAGAAGUUUAGCAAAAAGCAGGAAGUUAAGGCCAAGAGGGGGGCCAAGACCGAUAUCAUAAGCCAAUUAACCAAGAAGAGGAAGUAAUCGAGUACUAAUUUGCGACAUCUACCUGUAGGAACCGGGUUUGGAACUGUAUGUGAUAUUUGGACACCCUUGCAGCUUGGAAGCAGUUACCUUGUACGACCGCCAGCCAAUAUGAAUAAUGGAGAGACUAUACCGCUCAAAAGAGAAUAGGGCCAUAGGAUACCCU